AUGGUGGUUCUCGUUACUGACAAAGGACUUAAUGACCCUGAAAAAGGUAGUGUCAAGCGCCAAACAACACUCAAAACUCCCAUUGGAACUUCACCUAACCAGUUGGUUUUUGGUAAGGCGUGCCAUUUGCCAGUAGAGAUCGAACACAAAGCCAUGUGGGCAUUGAAGAAGCUGAAUCUGGAUUGGGAUGAGGCAACCAAGCUUCGGUUGUUUCAACUAAAUGAGAUGGAUGAAUUUCGGUACCAAGCAUAUGAGAGUGCAACCUUGUACAAGGAGAGGAUGAAGAAUUAUCAUCAUAAAAAGAUCCUAAAGCGGGAUUUCCAACCCAAUGAUGAGAUCUUGUUGUUCAAUUCAAGGUUAAAGCUUUUCCCGGGAAAACUGAAAUCCAAUUGGUCUAGGCCUUUCAAAGUAGUAAGUGCUUCACCCUAUGGGAGAAUUGAAUUGGAUUCCGAAGAUGGGACUCGAACCUUUAAAGUGAAUGUCCAAAGGGUGAAGCAUUAUCAUGAUUAUGUCGCUGGUGACCGAAUUGUUAAUAGGCACAGUUUGAAACAAGGAUCCUCGCCUGACCCCAUGUGA